AUGACGAAUUUAGAUGACCUGCUCGUCCACAUCGGAGAUUACGGACCAUACCAAAGGAGAAUCACUGUCCUCGGAUCUCUGCCGGUGCUGACCUUCGCGUUCGUCCUCGUAGGAGUCGUGUUCUUGGGAAACACUCCCGUGCACUGGUGCCGGACCUCCGGGACAGAGCGCAUCCAGGAUGAAUGUGACUGGACAGACAAGGAGCUGCGUGACCUCACCGUCCCGCUGUUGGAUGAGUCGGGGCAGGGCUUAUUGGGCGUCUACAGCCGCUGCCAGAGGUUCGAUGUGGCCUGGAAGUUCUGGAACGGCAGCCAGAGCAACUGCAAUGACCUCACCGACUGGCCCUUGAUUUCUAAUCUCACCCAGUUACCGGUAGUCGCGUGCGACAGAGGCUGGGUGUUUGAUCCGUCUCGCACUACUAUCGUUUCAGAGGUAAAUUUGGUCUUCAAAAACCCCCGCAGUGUCUGGAAGUUCAGGAGCUCAAAUUCUACGAAGAAAUAA